GCAUACGUUUCACUAAUUUCAGGGUUUACCGUUUACUCGAAAAACCCUAGAAACAGAAAAGAAAGGGGGAAAUCAACUUCAAGUAAUGGUUUCACUAGCCAGUGGCUCGGCGGAGCCUCUCUCUGCAUCGGGACGGAGCGCAGAGAAGCUGAGUCUCCCCUCCCUCCAAUCUAAAAUGAAAAUUGACCCGGAAGGCUACGAUAAGGAGCUCAGUCUCAUCCGCAGCCAAUUCUAUUCCGCUCACGAGCUUUUCCAGCAGCAAGCGGCUCUCAACUUCUCCUCCAUCAGUGGCGUCGGUGCGGACCCAACUGUGGCCAAGGACCUCGCCGACCGCUCCAUGUUCUUGGCCCACGUCACGUCGUUUUAUCCCAAGCAGCUCGCCGAGUUCCCUUCUGAUCUCGCUGCUUUUCUCAAAUCAUCUGCAAGGACUCUUCCAUCGGGUCUUAGGUUCCACGUCACACAAGCUCUCAUUCUCCUAGUUAACCGGAAGAUUAUUGAUAUAAAAGACACUCUAGCGUUGUUCAUGGAGUUGCAGAUACUAGAUGAUAGGAAUUUGAGGAAAUUAGCUUUUUCUCAUGUAGUUCAUAGUAUUAGAAGAAUGAACAAGAAUCAUAAGAACGAGGCCAAGAAUCGUGCCCUCCAGAAUGUCUUGUUUGCAUUAUUGCAGCAAGAAGAUGAAGCAAAAGCAAAAAGGUCUCUUAUUACAUUAAGUGAGCUUCAUCGGAGAAAGGUUUGGUUUGAUGAUAGAACAGCAAAUGCAAUUUGUAUGGCAUGUUUUCAUUCAUCUUCUAGAAUAAUGAUUGCUGUUCUCUCUUUUCUUCUUGAUUAUGAAAAGAUUGAAAAUGAUGAUGAGGAUACAGAUGAUUUAAGUAGUGAAGAUGAAAUGGCUAAAAAUCCCCAAGUUGUCAUCAACAAGGAGACUGCUUACAAGGCACAUCAUAAGGGUACAACUGCUAGCAAGAAGAAAAAGAAAGCUAAACUACAGCGUGCUAUUCGUAGCAUGAAAAGGCAGCAACGCCUGUCAUCAGAAUGUAGCAAUAAUAGUUAUUAUUCACCCCUUUACCAUCUAAAAGAUGCACAGGGAUUUGUAGAAAAACUGUUUUCUCGCCUUCAAACCUGCAAUGAACGAUUUGAGGUUAAAAUGAUGAUGUUGAAAGUGAUUGCUAGAACAGUCGGCCUUCACCGCCUGAUAUUAUUAAAUUUCUACCCUUUUCUUCAAAGAUAUGUUCAGCCUCAUCAAAAAGAUAUCACUAAUUUACUUGCAGCAGCAGUUCAGGCCUGUCAUGAUAUGGUUCCUCCUGAUGCAGUGGAGCCAUUGUUCAAACAAAUAGUAAAUCAAUUUGUACAUGAUCGUUCACGACCAGAGGCAAUUGCUGUUGGACUGAACGUGAUAAGGGAAAUAUGUUUGCGCAUGCCAUUGCUGAUGAAUGAAGAUUUACUACAAGAUCUCGUAUUGUAUAAAAAGUCACAUGAAAAGGCAGUUUCAGCUGCAGCUCGCUCCCUUAUUACUUUGUUUAGAGAGAUUUGCCCUUCACUGUUGGUUAAGAAAGACCGUGGCCGUCCAGUGGACCCUAAGGCAAAACCAAAGGCAUAUGGAGAAGUCAAUAUCCUUAGCAAUGUUCCUGGCAUUGAAUUACUGGAACAUGGAGAUGAAAUUGAUGGCAGAGAGGAUGAUGAAAGCGGAGAUGAGGCUGCAUCUAUUAGUUCUGAUGAUGACAAUGGAGGCAGUGAUGAUGAAAAAAGUCAAUAUACUGCUGAUGGUUCAAAUGAGGAUGAGGAUAUAAUGGAUGAAGAAGAUGCCGGGAAUGACAGUAUUGAUGAGGAUGAGAGUGAUAGCAAUGAUGCCAAUGAGGAAAAUGAUGAUGGGGAUAACAUUGAGACUGAGGAGUUGGAUGCCGAAGAGGAUGAUGACUAUGAAGAUGUUAGUGAUUAUUCAGAGCCAGAUGAUGGUGCAGUAGAUGGUGGGAAUGAAGAUCCAAAGGCAAAGGCAAGAAAGAGAAAAUUGUCUGAUUUUGAGGGUCAACUUGUUGCUGCUGAUACAAGUCUUCGAGCUUUAAAAAGGUUGGCAGAAACAAAGAUGAGUGGUUCUUCAUCAGACUUAGCAGAUGAUAUUCUCUCUGAUGAGCAUUUCCAAAAGAUCAAGAAACUUAAGGCUAAGAAGGAAGCAAAAACUGCAUUGGCUCAACAAGGCUUUAAGAUUCCAAGUUCUGAUCAACUAAGUUUCAAACGAGUGGAUCCUUCAAAGCUUGAAGCCCAUGUUCGACUCAAGCUUAACAAGGAGGAGAGACUGGCAUUAGUAAAAGCAGGAAGGGAGGACAGAGCACAGUACCAGGCUCGAACUGCUAUAAAACAGAAAAAGACGGGUGGUCUAAGCAACCGCCAGAAGGAACACAAAAAGUUUAUGCCUCUUGCUGCGAAGAAAGCUAAGGCGCAAAGAUCUCGACAAGAAAAAAAUAAGAAGAGGUCGCAUUCCGGCAAGCAGUUCCGUGGGAAGAAGGCUUGGAAGCAAUGAUAACAUCAGGCAAAGCAUUGAUAAUACCAUUUCCACAGAACACAGCAAGCUUGGUUAAAAGUUGAGAUCUUCUGGUUAUUCUUUUAAAUUUCAUGUUAUAAUAUUAUUUCUCUUCUUACAACCAU